AUGUUGUCCCUGUACGCGGCGCUGUCGUUGACGGUGCUCUAUCGGGCAACCGUCAAUUUCCCGGAUUUACCGUAUUCUGCUCAAUUGCGACAUGAGGGAACGGAAGAUUUUCUGAAAUAUUCAAAAGAAAUUACCGAUUCGGUGAAUCAUUUGUUGAGACAUGUGCCUGGUGAUCAUCGGGCCAGUGUGCUCAAGUACAGAUAUCACAAGUCUGUGGGCACUCUCGUUUCCAUUGAUAUCUUCUCGGAUACGGUUGAUGCGCGGAUUCGAAAAACCAUCGACGAAGCGAUUAAACGCGGGAAAUUGGGAGAUUUUGUCGUCACCCCGGACGCCUACGAGCUACACGUGAUCAGGGCUGCCAAUUCUACGUGCAACCCCGAAGAGUUCGCGUGCGCUGACGGGACGUGUAUCGAUGCGAAAAAACGAUGCGACGCUCGACCCGAUUGCCCGGAUCAUUCGGAUGAACGAUCGAUACACGCUCACUGCAACCGUCACUCUGCCGUGAUCUUCCAAAAAGAGAAACACGUGACAGUGAGACGAAGUGGAGAGAUCGUUCUCUCGGCCAUCAUCGACAUGCUGCCAAGUGAUCAUCAGGUGAUUUGGUCACGAAAUGGGCUAAUUCUUGGUCAAGGAUCGCUGACAAUGACUGAUGACACGAGAAUCCACGUUUACAACCACCACGACGAGUACUCUUUACAUAUUGAGCACGCGAAUGACAAAGACGAAGGAGAGUACAUUUUGACGGUCGAGGGAAUGGGAAAAGAGGAAAAAUUCUUCGUCUCCCUAUCGAAUGAGCAUUUGCCGAGCGACACAGAGGGAUGUCCCGAUGGGGAACGAGCUUGCAAAUCCGGUCACUGCAUCCCCGUGCAUCACUUCUGCGAUCGUGAGCGUCAGUGUCCCGAUGGAGAUGAUGAGCACAAUUGCACAACGGUGAUCUGUUCGCGGAAAGAGCUUCGUUGCGCUGUGGAUAACGUUUGCGUGCCGCUUAGUGGCCGAUGCGAUGGGUGGAGGGAUUGUGCCGAUGGAACCGAUGAAUUGGGAUGCUCGAAAACUAAACUUGUGAAAGCGCCGGCCACCAAAUCGAUCGCCUCUCGUCCAACCGUCUCGUGUCCCGAUGGAACAGCUCCCGAGUACAGCUUGCAUGGCUCAACGUACUGCUGGGCGAACACGGUGUGUCCAACCGACACUGAAUGCAUCCAUGGAUUAUGCUGCCGCACCGGAAGUAAGUCUUUCACUGUUUAUGUAAAUGUAACUUUU